AUGGCCUUCUCACAUGCCGGCCUCAGCAUUGUAUCGAUGCUCUUCCUCGCCGGAAGCAUCGUCAUGAUGUUCUUCGUCAUCCUUGCCGGCGUCGCCAACACGACGCCGCUCAACCACACCUACUUUUUGAGCGCCGACACGUCGGGCAUCACGGGCGCCCGCGACGUGACCCAGUGGACGUACUUUUACCACUGCGGCACCGGCAACCUCGACUGCAGCAAGGCCGCGCCCGCGCCCGCCUUUGGCUGGGCCUGGAGCGGUAACCCCUCGGGCGCCCCCGACGCCCUCGUCGGCUCCAGCGGCGGCGACACCACCAGCCGCUACUACUACUUGAUGUGGCGCUUUGGCUGGGUCUUUUGGCUCAUUUCCCUCUUCUUUGCCGUCGUCGCCUUCUUUAGCGGUUUCCUGGCGUGCUGCGGCCGUCUCGGGUCCGCCGUCGCCGGCUUCACCACGGCCAUUGCCUUCGCCUUCUUCACCGUGGCCGUGUCCCUUAUGACGGCCGAGUUUGUCAAGGCCCGCAACGCCUUUCGCGCCGACGGCCGCGACGCCAACAUUGGCGUGUGGGCGUUCGGCUUUGCCUGGGGUGCCUGGGCCGCUCUCUUCAUCUCCCUGGUGCUCUACUGCAUCGGCACUCGCGCCGGCAAGGAUCGCUACAGCGCCGGUGGCAGCCGCUGGGGCCGUCAAAAGAGUGUGCGCAGUCGCCGCAGCUACGACAUGGGCAGCCGCCGUGUCAAGGACGAUUACUCCUAA